AUGAAAGGGGUUCCUCCUGAUUUGGAACCCGAUGUCAUUAUGAAAAGAAAGGGGAAAAAUGCGAACUCGAGAAAUAAAUCGAAAUCCGAUUCUGGUGAAGGUUCUAAGAUGCCGAUUGAUCCUUUGAAAGCUAAAUCUGUCUCUCUCCUUAUCAAUAAGUUUGAAUCUGAAGUGAAAUCGCCUGUGUACAAAGGAUUGAGUGAUUUGAGCAAUUCCGAUUAUUCUAGAUCUGGAUUGAAUUUAUCGGACUCUUCUUCUGUGUGGGAAAUGAUGCGAUUCAGUCUGAGAUCAAGGGCUCGGGUUCGUUAA